GGUGUGUGCGCGAAAGGCGGAACAGGCGGCCCCACAGAGGGAACAAAGGAAGGUUGGCGUAACCAGUAUGAAGAUAGCCUGCUCUCCGUAGCCCACUGCUCAACUGCGAUGUCAAAACGACCAUCCUACGCUCCUCCCCCUCCCCCUGCCCCGACAACACAAAUGCCUUCCACCCCAGGGUUUGUGGGCUACAACCCUUACAGCCAUCUGGCCUACAACAACCUCCGACUGGGAGGGAACUCCGGAGGCUCCAGCAGGAACUCCUCGGGCAUCACCGUCCCAAAGCCUCCCAAACCGCCAGACAAGCCACUGAUGCCAUACAUGCGGUACAGCCGGAAGGUAAGCAGGAAGGUAUGGGACCAGGUGAAGGCAUCCAACCCAGACCUGAAGCUGUGGGAGAUUGGAAAGAUUAUCGGGGGCAUGUGGAGGGACCUGAGCGACGAAGAGAAGCAGGACUACCUAAAUGAGUACGAAGCUGAGAAGAUUGAGUACAACGACUCUUUGAAGGCCUACCACAACUCACCGGCCUACCUGGCCUACGUCAACGCCAAGAACCGGGCUGAGGCGGCGAUGGAGGAGGAGAGCAGGCAGAGGCAGUCUCGUAUGGACAAAGGAGAGCCAUACAUGAGCAUUCAGCCUGCUGAAGAUCCUGAUGACUAUGACGAUGGUUUCUCAGUGAAGCACACAGCAGCUGCUCGCUUCCAGAGGAACCACCGGCUCAUCAGUGACAUCCUCAGUGAGAUUGUGGUGCCCGACGUGCGCUCUGUGGUCACCACGGCCCGCAUGCAGGUCCUCAAGAGGCAGGUCCAGUCUCUUAUGGUGCACCAGAGGAAACUUGAGGCUGAACUUCUUCAGAUCGAGGAUCGCCAUCAAGACAAGAAAAGACGCUUUCUGGAGACCACUGACUCGUUCAAUACUGAGCUGAAGCGGCUGUGCAGUCAGAAGGUUGAAGUGGACAUGGAAAAACUGGCAGCAGAGAUGGCUGCCGCUGAAGAGGCGGCGAGGCGCCGGGCGGAGGAAAGGGAGCGGGAGGCGGCGGAGCAGGCAGAGAAAGCGGCUCAACAGCAGCAACAGGAGGCUGCUGGAAACAAAGCUGCAGAGAAGAGCGCUGCUAAUGCUAGCAGCACAGCUAACCCCACCUCAGGGACCAAAGAGGAGGACCAACCUACACCAAUGGAGAUAGAUGAGGCUGCACCUGCUGAGCCCCCCUCAGACUCCCAGGUGGCUCCACCUCCUCCUCCAUCUGAUACUUCUUCUUCUUCCUCUGAUAAAGCAACCCCUCCUCCUGAGCUCCCCAGGGAAAGCAGCACUCCCAGCAGCAAUGCCCCCAGUGAUGAUGGAGGCAGCAGCAACAGCAUGCCUCCUCCACCCUCAGACAUCCCACCUGGAUCAGGAGCAUUCCCAGACCCACCUGUGGGCCAGGAAGCCAACCUCAGUACAGCUAAUCCUAAUGAGGCCACAGCACCACCUCCUCCCUUAGAGGAAGCAGCCCCUCCUCCACCACCGCCACUAUUGACCCCCAAUCAGAGCAGCCAGCAGUAUGAUAUGUAAUAGUGUUAGAGGCACAGUGGUAGCUGUAGAUGGUCCUCCCUGUGCUGCAGCUCUCCCUCUCUGGAUGGAGCAGCAGUGCUGUAGUGAUGCAAUAAGUGCAGAAGAAGUGGCUCUGUAAUAAUAAAUGUGCUGAUUGGUUGAGAGUUCUGAUAGUAAGGUCAAUACAAAGUAAAAAAAAAAUUAGUAUAAUCCAGCUUCAUGUAGCUGCACCAAACACAGGGAAAGUAGGAUUUCCUUUAAAGCGCUAUUUGUUUCCUUUAACUUAACUCAGCAUGUCUGAUUCGAUAAUGUGACUUCACUGAAAUGUCACCAAAGAGUACAACACUUAACCCGCUUUGAGUUUGUUUUCCAAGCACUGUACGAGCGAUUCCUCUUUUAUAAUCAUGUUACUUGAUGUUUUUGUUGUAUUAUAAAAUAAGCAGAUAGAGGCUCAGAACAGGAUCAUGCAGGGCUGUGAAAUAACUGCUCAGCAGAAACCACCCUGGCUGCUGGGAAGUGAGUCCACACACAGCAAUUAGUGAGUCGAGUUUCUUUUUUCAGUCUACAAAAACAGCAGAGAGGAGAUGGGGGGGUGUCCCUUAUCCUCAUAGUUGAAAUAAACACUUCACAUAAGUCUCACUGUGCAGACUUUGUGCAGUUGGAUGUGGUUUAAGUACGCAUUUGCAUACAUUAGCUGCAUAAACAAUCGGCCACAGCAUUAAAACCACCUGCCUGCUGUCCACCUUGUUCUUUAGGUACUGCAGUGUGACCUCAGCCAUCGGGGGGGGGGGGGCUGCAGCAGUGUUCAGGUGAAUCACUGCACGAAGGCUGAGAUUACCCAGCAGAACGUUACGUUGUGAUGACUGUGAGAGGUGUUAAUGUUGCGGCUUAUCUUUGUAUUUCUCAGUCUUGAUAUCUUUAUGGACCACUGCUGCAGAUGCUGGGCUUUAUUAUGUAAUUUAUCUUGGGGAAACUUGACACAUAUUAAUAAGUUAAAGGGCCACCUCUCACGAAAGGACCUCGACCUUUUCGGCUGUCACGUGUUGUUAAACCUCAAUUUUCUAGUUUCUCGAUACAUUUGAUUUACAGAACUACUACUGUUACUUUCUUUUUAAAAAAAAAGAGAUUUAGUGGAAUUUUUUAGAUAAGUGUAAUCCAGUUCAGCCUUAGUAUUUUGUACUCUUGAAUCAGAUGGCAUUUUUAACACACCACCUCAUGUGAAGUCAGCAUGAAUGAAGCCACAAUUUAUUUCCCAUAUUCUGCAUGCUUGCCUAUGUACUAACCUUCCCCAUUAAAGAAUUGGAGUACAGGUCUCAUGUAGCUGGAGCUGAGGAAAAAUGAAGUUUAGUACAAAAUGCACGAAGUACCCAGCAAACAGAUAAAUGAAACAGUGGGCUCACCUCCAAGGUAUUUUUUUUAAAUCCAAAUUACAUGUCUUGCUUUGAGUGUAAAAUGUUAGCAUGAAUGUUUCAUCAAGUUUAUGUAGAAAGAGCUGACACUUGUACUCAGUUAAUUUAAUUUGUACUCAUUUAAUCUGUAAGAGCUUCUCUGUGAGGCCGAGCUUUUGUUGUUUAGACCACAGAUUCCUGCUGGCACUACAAGCAUCUAAACUUCACCAGAGAAAUGCACAGGUAACCUUACUUAUGCAUUCAAAGGACUGUUUUCUUACUUGGACUGUUUUUAGUAAUAUGCCUGUUUUUUGUUUUUUUUUUUCAUUUUUCUUUUCUACUGUCUGAACUUGUCAAUCCAAAUAAAGAUGAUUUCAGUCUUUCUGCUACACCAGAA